UUGUGUGUCGAGUGCGGCUUAUAAGGUCUGCGAUUAGAGAGAGAAGCGCACUUCUACACUGUACACGCUGUGUGUGUGUGAGAAUUUCAUGGAGCAUCAGCAGGUUGAUAAAGGCAGCUUCCUGCUUUGUCUGGCCAUCGUUGUGCACAACCUCACGAUCGUACUCGAUUGGACGCAGCGCCUAUUUCAAGUAGCCUCGCUAAUCAACGUCGGACGCUCAGCAGGAGCAAGGACAACAGCGGCUGUUCGGAGAUUUACCAGCAUCACUGGGUGCGUGCCUGCAAUCCAGGAAAAGCGUCGAGGCAAAGGCGUUAUGUGUGAAAUGGCACAUGUACUGUCACUGCCGGCGCCGCCUAUCGAUCUUCCCGACAACAAGCAGAAAGAUGACGAUCUGGCAUGUAUGUCGUCGGAGUACUUCCACAUAGAGGAACACCGGUUACGCACGUUCAGCCAUUGGCCGGUAUCAUUCAUUAGACCAAGCGAUCUUGCUCGGUACGGAUUCUACUACGUCGGCUCGCAGGACACCGUGAAGUGCUACUUCUGCCGAGUCGAGAUUGGUCUGUGGGAACCGCAGGACGACGUGAUACAAGAGCACUUACAGUAUUCUCCAUUCUGUCCUUUGCUCAAAAAGCGCCCAACUAACAACGUCCCGCUUAACGCCAACUACCUCGACGCGGUUCCCGAACCGAGCAUCGAUGUUUGUGGCAUUCAAAUUCGGCAACACUCCUACGCGGAAAAUGCUAACGAGUACGUUCGGUCCGAUCUGGAUCGCAUGAGCGGUGACUCGUGGAGCGCCAACAGCGAUACCAGCAGUGGCAGUGGCGGCGAUCCGGUUGAUAUCGCAGCAGGUGCAAGCGGGAUACAGUACGAUCGAGGCUCAAUGACAGUGGCCGAGUGGAACAACGAAGUACUGAUGGGUGAGCAAAGCAUGAUGCGACGGCCGGAGUAUCCAAACUACGCGAUCGAAGCUGAUCGGUUGAAAACGUAUGAGGAUUGGCCAACGUCGAUGAAGCAGAAGCCAAAACAGCUAAGCGACGCCGGCUUCUUCUACACGGGCAAGAGUGACCGCGUGAAGUGCUUUAGCUGCGGUGGUGGUCUGAAGGAUUGGGAGCAGAACGACGAGCCGUGGGAGCAGCAUGCGAUCUGGUACGGAAACUGCCACUAUCUGCAGUUGAUGAAGGGCCGCGAAUUUAUCCAGAAGUGUAUCGCCUUGAAGGACAAUGCAUGCACUGCCUCGUCGUCGAUAUCCAUGUCGUCCAACUCGUCCCAGCCUUCGACGUCCGGUAUCAGUUCUGCGUCCUCGUCCGUCAUGAGCACGUCGCCCGCUUCGUCCAGUGGAUUCAGCUCGCCUACGCCGGCCGUCGACGAGGAGUGCACUCUGCGCUGCAGCGAUCACUCGUCGUCCAGCGGGGAAGGUGCUGAGGAAGGCGAAGAUGAAGCGGGCAGCAAUCGUAAGGUCUUGUCGGAGAGUAAGAUCUGCAAGAUAUGCUUCGUAAAUGAGUAUAACACCGCGUUCAUGCCCUGCGGACACGUGGUCGCCUGCGCCAAGUGUGCAUCUGCCGUCAGUAAAUGUCCCCUCUGCCAGCAACCGUUUAUCAACGUGCUACGACUGUACCUAUCGUGAAGCGUUGGCGAUUCAUCACGAAUCACUCCUACACAGCGCUCUUUCGUUGAUUGCGCUACUCUGCAUCGAUCGUGGGAUUUUAUCCCAACGGGAACGAUGAACCCUUGUCCCAACCCACCGGUCGUACCUGGUCCUAUAUAUCUGAAGAAUGGUGAGGGAGAAUGGAAUGGGAUUGGAAGGGAGCCGGAAGGAAAAAUUCUGGAUUUCGGAAAUUAAACGUUUCUUUUAAUAUUGGAAGCUAAAUGUCUUGCGCAUGCUAUGUUAUGACUUUCGAUUUCUAUUUAAAUUCGAACCGGAUACGAAUAGGCAUAGUUUCGAGUUCAGUAUGUAAUUGAUUUGAUUUCGAUAGUGUUGCGUAUCUUUACCAGGCAUUUUUGGCUUUCUGAUCUCACCUUGACGCAUGCUCAGUGCUAGAUUUGCCUCCGAAUUGUUUCAGAAAGAUGCAACGGAUGUCCUAGUGCUGCGGUUGCGUAAUGUGAUUCUCAAAAUUUUGUCCUUUCUUUUAAAAAUUGAAAAGAUACACUCUGUCUUCACCCAACAUUCACCCAAUCCAGCGAAAGAGUCAGUAGUUUAGCGCUAUUAGGACAUUGAAGGAAUAGACAAACGGGUUAUUUGUCUUGAAUCGUUUAUUGCAAAAGUUCCGAUAAGGGCAUCAGCCAUCGGUAUGUGCUCCGCCGUGAAAACUCGAAGGAACAAAGUCCCCACAAUAUACGAAGUGUGUUAUCUGGAGAAUAAAAUUUUCCUGUAAAGUUAGAUGCAAGAAAAAGUACAGGAUAGGCGACAGUAGGCAUAACUUGAAUGUGCCAAUCGAUCCAAGCCCUGAAGCAUUUAUUGGCCGAUCGGCAAAAAGCAAAUUGCUGGACGUUGAUAUACAAGGUUGAAGGAUGUUAGAUAGAAAGAACAGCUAAUUUUCACGAUCUUGAGGAUCUGUCUACUAAAAAUAACAAAUUGAAUUGAAUGAAUUCAAAGAGAAAAAGGUAGGCUGAAUAGGAAAACAGGAAAGCGUUAAUAAAACCAGUUAGCUUCUAGUUAGCCAGUUAGUUAGUUAUAUAAGCUCUCCAUCAUCGCCUCUAAAAUAAAAACGCAUAAAAUCAGAAGCGUCUACACAGAGCCUUCGAAAAGCUCCAAAACUGUGCAUACGGUCAUAACAAUAAAAUAACACUUGGUUAGAACACACUAGCGCGCUGUAAAACGAUCUCUAGUAACAAACGAACAUUAUGAGCACUCGACAUAAAGAAGUACCUAAAAUGUAACGUUUUUUUAAUAAUGCAGUAACGAUAAUGCUAGUGUGAAUAUAAAUUAUGUUGUAUUGGAUCUGAAAUGUAAAAAAGUAAUUAA